ACCAAGUGAUCAUGGAAUGUCCUCGACGUUUGGCUGGGGAAAAUUUAGACCAAGGUGUUUAAAUUUUUUAGCCGAUUCAAAAUGCUUCCUUGUUGUUAUCAUGUUAUACACCAUAGGCGCAGGUGUAUCGAUGAACGGUUUGCCUGUCCUAAUCUUACCAAGUAUUGAAAAGAGAUUCAGUUUAUCGAGUAAAGAACUGGGGAUGAUUUCGGCUGCUAAUGACAUCGCCGCCCUUCUCUUCGUUGCUUUUAUCAGUUUUUAUGGUGACUAUGGCAACAAGAUCAAGUGGGUUGGAGGAGGAGCAUGUGUUGCAGGUUUCGGAGUACUUUUAUUCACUCUCCCUCAUCUCAUCAUUGGACCAUAUAACGUUCCUGAUUUCCAAGGAAGUAAAUCUGGAAUGUGUUUAUUGACCAACAAAACGUCUUUAUCGGAGUCUUGUGACCAGAAUAGUGGUGAAGCGAUGUGGUACUAUAUGAUGAUAUUCCUUAUCGCACAAUUUAUCCAUGGUGCUGGUAUCUGUCCAUUGUAUUCGCUGGUCCCAUCUUAUUUGGAUGAAAAUGUUGAACUAAAGCAAAUGCCUGUUUAUCUUGGUCUUUGGUACCUCUGCGCAUUCAUUGGACCAGGAAUUGGAAUAUUCCUAGGCGGGCAAUUUCUCAGCAUCUAUGUUGACGUCAAACAGCCAAGUGGAUCAAAUCUCACGCCAAAGGAUCAUCGCUGGAUAGGAGCGUGGUGGUUAGGAUUCAUUGUCUUUGGUUUACUAUUUCUUCUUCUGGCAAUAAUUAUAUCCGGUUUUCCCAUCUCGUUACCUGGAGCAAGGGAAAGACGCGAAAGACACAUACGGGAAGGGAAUUUGCAGAAAAAGGGCGGUAAAAAGGAAGCAAAGUUUAAAGAAUUAAUUCCUGAGCUGAAGUCUCUAAUUUUAAAUCGGACAUUCCUUUUUAAUUCUUUCGGAUUAUGUUUUGCGGCCACUUUCGUCACCGCUUUAACUCCAUUUUUGGGGAAAAUAAUGCAGCUAAAGUUUGACUUAGAUCCAGUGACCAAUGGAUAUCUGAUAUCAGCAAUUCUCACGCCGACAACAGUGGUUGGUGUUUUGAUUGGUUCAUUCAUUGCUCGACAGUUUUCAGUGAAAAGUGUAUGUAAAAAAUCCGCUCUCUACACAGCAAUCUCACAGAUAUUCACAAUCGCAAUGCCAUUUGCUAUACUAAUCCCAGGAUGUUUAAAUGUCAACAUGGCAGGAGUUUCAACUGUCUAUCGAGAUAGAACGAAUAUCUCCCGUGGCUCAGCAUUGACAGGUCACAGGGGCGAUAAACUCAUUUCUCAGUGUAACUUCAACUGUAGCUGCAGAAUAGAUAAGUUCAUACCCGUGUGUGGCUCUGACAAUAUUGUUUAUGCAAAUCCCUGCUAUGCUGGUUGUUCCGCUAAAUACAACAAUAAGACAUUUGGCAGUUGCUCGUGUAUAUUUGCUGGUCCUACCAAUACGGAUACAGCAAUACAAGGUUACUGCGAUCGUGAUUGUAAGAAUCUGGCCAUCUUUCUAUUGGUCAUCGCUGUCACUUCAUUAAUACGGUUUUCGUCCUUUAUUCCAAUGCAAACUGUUGUUCUUAGGUGCGUUCCAGAAGACAAAAGAGCUUUUGCAAUGGGAAUACAAUAUAUUAUGGCGAAGGCAAUUGCAUUAAUUCCAGGUCCAAUAAUCUUUGGUCAUCUAUUGGACCUUUGCUGCCGAUUGUGGCAAGAUCUCUGUGAUCAGAGAGGAAGAUGUUUCGACUACGAUGUUGAUCUUGCUGGAAGAAAUAUUUGUAUCUUUGGAGCAAUAUCAAUGGGUAUAUCGUCAGUGUUCUUUGUGCUUUCGUGGCUCUUAUAUCAUCCUAAAGAAAGUCUCGAUAGCACUGUUAUAGAAAACAAGAAAGCAGAAGGCAAAUCAAGUUGUGAAACUAUAAUGUAGUGUAAUUAUACUCUAU